AUGGUGAAAAGAGGAGGUACGAAGAGGAAGUCAGAUAUGAAGAAGAUUACUGACAAAGCCUCGCGAGCUACUACUUUCUCCAAACGCAGAGACGGUCUCUACAGUAAAGCGGCUCAGCUUUUCCUUCUCUCCCACGCUCAAAUCGCCAUCUUAGCGACUCCUUCGUCUUCAAACUCCAACGCUUCUUUCUUCUCCUUUGGUCACUCCUCCGUUGAUUCUAUCGUCUCUGCUUAUCUAUCCGGAAAUAGACUUCCUCCUGUUUUGAGUGAUACCAAAGCGAUGAGAGAAGACUUAGGUAUAUGUAUGUCUCGCAUGGAUCUAGGGUUAGGGUUUUGGUGGAACGACGAAAAGCUUGUCAAUUCUAAGAAUCGGGAAGAGAUUAUGGAAGCGAUGAAGUCAAUGGAAGUACUCAUGAGCCAUCUCAAGGCACUGAAGAAUCAAACCCUAACAACAACGGUGGAGCAGGAGCACGAGGACAAGGCUGUUGAGAUUUCACCUGACGAUGACUUGGAUGAAUGGAGCGAGAUGGAACUUACUCGACUCCUCCAAGAUUUUGAUGAUGAUGUUGCAGUACCACCGCCUGUUGUUAGCAGCAGUGACAAAGAAGAAGAAGCAGAUGUAUCUGAGAAAACCUGCAACAGCAACAACUUUGUAGAAGAGGAGAAAGUGGAUAUUGAUUGGGAUACUGUUUUUGUAUUCGAUGAGGAGCUUAGUGAUGAGCAGCUCGAUCAGUUGAUUAGUAACACUGACAAGGAAGAAGAAGAAGAGGAUCAGACUGUAUGCAACAACUUUGUAUCAUUACCUGAAGUUGCAGGAAGAAGCUUGGAAGAGGAGGCCAUGGAUAUUGAUUGGGAUGCUAUUCCUUCAUGUUUUGCAUCCAAUGUCGUUGAGGCUCUUAAUGAUGAUGAGCUCUAUGACUUGAUUUAUAACUAA